GCAAGGGCGGUUUUGAGGAGAAUCCCGGAUUGCGGGAGCGGGCCCGCCCGGAAAAACCAUCACCCUCGACCUCCGUGCGUUAAGAGUGGUUCUCUAGAGCCUUUCCCCCCCCCCCUUUUAAAUCAACUUUCCUCAUUCAACGUUUAGUGAUAGGAGGAGCCUUAUCACUCCGCUGGGCCUGAGAAACGGCAACCAUUAAUCUUAACAUUUGGCACCAAGGAUCAGCUGCCCUUCCUCGUCUUUGCAGCAUACAGAUAUUACUAGGAAAGAGGGAAGAGUCGUUCCCGCAAGGAAGCUGUAAUAUUGCUCAUGUCUGGAAGCUUUGGAGAAAAUAAUUUCACUUACUGUCCAGCAACAGGCCUAGCUGUUGGAAACGAGCACUCAGAGUUUGCUGGCUGGGCAUUUCCAUUUCCAGGGGUGUUUUUGACGGAGGAGUUCAUAAGUGAAGACGAAGAAUCCGAGAUAGUUGAACUGAUGGAUCAAGAUGACUGGAAACCAUCACAGUCCGGCCGAAAGAAACAGGACUAUGGACCCAAAGUGAACUUUAAGAAGCAGAGGCUGAAAGCUGGUAGCUUUAUUGGUUUGCCAAGUUUUAGUAAAAAGAUUGUGACACAAAUGAAGGACUACUCUGUGCUAAAUGGUUUCUUACCUGUUGAACAAUGUAAUCUGGAUUACAUGCCAGAAAGAGGUUCUGCUAUCGACCCACAUUUUGAUGACUGGUGGCUUUGGGGAGAGCGCCUAGUUAGCUUAAACUUGCUCUCAAAAACCGUGCUGUCCAUGUCUUGCGAUUCAGAGGAGAGCAUCCCAUUACUUCCCUCUUUCAGUAAAGAAAAGAAAUCAAGUCCCUCCGGAUAUCUUGCACAAACGUCAGCAUGCAAAAAUUCAGACAAACAGAGAAUUAGCUGCACUUCAUCCCCAAGGCUUGUUCCAAGUAAAGAAGUGACUGUUGCCAUUCAGUUACCCAGAAGGUCCCUGGUGGUAUUGUAUGGUGACGCACGUUACAAGUGGAAACACGCGAUUUACCGCAAGCAUAUAGAGCAUCGCCGAAUCUGUGUCACGUUCAGGGAGCUGUCUGCAGAGUUCAGCGUGGGAGGAAGGCACGAGGAACUGGGUAAAGAACUGCUAGGAAUAGCGCUUUCAUUUCAAGGAAGACCAGUAUGAUCAACAGAGGAAGCUGGAAGUGCACUCUGUUAUAAUAUUUGAGAAAUAAAGUACAGAAUUUUUACAA